CAGGAACAGCGAAGGGACAAGUUAGUGUCACUGCGGCUGAAUGGGAGCCAAGCUAAGCUAACCGUUUCCUUUAAAAUGGCAGCACAUCUGAAAAAACGGGUUUAUGAGGAGUUUUCUAAAGUUGUCCAGGUUACUCAUGAAGAAGCUCCGGCUAAGAAGCUGCGCUUGUCCAAACCCAGUAAAUCUGCAGCGCUCCACGUGGACCUCUGCAAGGCCUCCAGCUCCACCGAUGCCCUGCAGUACCUGCUGACGUUCUCCAGGAAACCCGUGGAAGCCGAGAGUGUGGAGGGCGUGGUCCGCAUCCUGCUGGAGCACUACUACAAGGAGACGGAUAGCUCUGUGCGGCUGAAGAUUGCCUCUCUGCUCGGCCUGCUGUCUAAAACUCCAGGAUUCAGUCCCGACUGCAUCGUCGAUGACGCCAUCAACACACUCAGCAGCGAGAAGUCUCACCAGGUUCUGGCCCAGCUGCUCGAUUCUCUCCUGGUCAUUGGAUCUCAGCUUCCUGAGAGUCCAGCGGUCAGACUGAGACUCAUAGAGGUGGCUUAUAAGAACCUCUCCGACUCGUCCUUCGGGGUGAGGACCAAGUGUCUCCAGCUGCUGGGCUGUCUGGGUCUGUUGGAGGCUCCUCUGGGUAAAGACAGUGAUGGACCUGGACCUUCUCUGGCAGCUAUGAGGGACGUUCAGAGCAUCAUCAGUGAUUACUUUGGAGAUCAGGACCCCAGAGUUCGAACUGCUGCCCUCAAAGCCAUGCUGCAGCUGCAUGAGAGAGGAAUGAAGAUCCACCAGAUCAUCUAUGAUCAGGCCUGCAGGCUGCUGUCAGAUGACUAUGAGCAGGUCCGAUCUGCAGCGGUUCAGAUGGUCUGGGUUCUCAGUCAGCUUUACCCUGAAAGCAUCGUGCCCAUUCCGUCGUCCAAUGAGGAGAUCCGACUGGUGGAUGAUGCAUUCGGUAAGAUCAGCCACAUGGUCAGUGAUGGUUCCUGGAUGGUCCGAGUCCAGGCGGCCAAAACCCUGGGUUCCAUGCUGCAGGUCAGUCCUCACUUUCUGGAGCAAACGCUGGAUAAGAAGCUGAUGUCUGAUCUCAGAAGGAAGAGAACCGCUCAUGAAAGGGCCAAAGAGCUCUUUGCUUCUGGGGAGUUUUCCUCUGGCAGGAAGUGGGCUGACGACGCUCCCAAGGAGAAGCUGGACACCAACACUGUCAACCUGAUCGCCUCUGGAGCCUGUGGAGCCUUCGUCCACGGCCUGGAGGACGAGAUGUUCGGUUCUCUUCAGGGUGACCUUAUUCCAUGUUCUCCUCCCUCAGAGGUCCGUAACGCGGCUGUGGAGGCUCUCUGCCAGCUGGCUCGGUCUUCUCCCAGUUUUGCAGAGAAAUGUCUGGACUUCCUGGUGGACAUGUUCAAUGAUGAGAUCGAGGAGGUCCGGCUGCAGUCCAUCCACGUCCUCAGACAGAUCUCCACCCACAUCACCCUGAGGGAGGACCAGCUGGACACGGUUCUGGCUGUUCUGGAGGAUUCUUCACGGGACAUCAGAGAAGCUCUCCAUGAGCUGCUGUGUUUCACCAACGUCUCCACCAAAGAGUGCAUCCAGCUGGCCCUGCUGGAGCUCCUGAAGAACCUGAACAAGUACCCCACGGACCGGAGCUCCGUCUGGAAGUGUCUGAAAUUUCUGGGUUCUCGACACCCGACUCUGGUUCUACCUCUGGUUCCGGAGCUGCUCAGUACACAUCCAUACUUCGAUACUCCAGAACCAGACAUGGAUGACCCGGCCUACAUUGCGGUUCUGGUUCUGGUCUUUAACGCGGCCACUUCCUGUCCCACGAUGCCGGCGCUGUUCUCUGACCACACCUUCAGACAUUACGCCUACCUGAGGGACAGCCUGUCUCACCUGGUGCCGCCGCUCAGGCUGCCCGGCAGGAAGCAGGUCUAUGGUCUGGACUCUGUGGAUUGUGGUUCUGGUUCUGGUUCUGUGGAAUCAGCUCAGCUUUUCCUCCAGCAGAGUCUGAACAGAGUCAGUACCAUCCAGAACCUGGAGGCAGCGGGAGCCCCGGAGCUGCUGGACCUGACCAUCAGGGACCUCCAGAGGCUGGGUGAACUUCAGACUGAACUUGCCGGAGCUGCAGAUUUCUGUGCUACAUUUCUACGCUGCCAGCUGCUGCUGAUGAAGGCGCUGCAGGAGAAACUCUGGAACAUCUCAGUUCCCCUGAUUCUGAAACAGAACAUCACGGUAACGGCAGCCGCACAGCAGGUCCUGGAUGAAUCCUAUAAACUGGAGUUCCUCUACAGCGGUCUGGAGAACCGUCAGGUGGCGACCAUUCAUCACGUCAGACUGCAGGCCAAAGCUCUGCAGCUGAUCCUGGCGGCCAGAACCAGACACGGGUUGGACUCUCUGAUCAGCAGCUGUGAGAAGUUUCUGCAGGACGUUGAAUCUUUUCAGAGGCUCUUCCUGACUGAGCUGCCUCACCUCCAGGACAGUUUUGUGGAGAAGCUUCUGGAGCUGCUGCCUCGGCUGUCGUCCUGUAAGCCAGUGGAGCAGGUGAAGAUUCUGCAGACGACGCUCCGACAGAGUGGACUGCUGCAGCUCCGACUGCCUGAACAAAUCCAUCGGGCCACAGCCACCAUCAUAGAACCCACCGGGGAGUCUGACAACCCUCUGAGGUUCACGUCCGGCCUGGUGGUGGCAUUAGACAUCGACGCCACACUGGAGCACGUCCAGGACCCUCAGAACUCUGUUAAAGUUCAGGUUCUGUAUCCAGAUGGUCAGAGUCAUGUGAUCCAUCCUAAACCUGCAGACUUCAGGAAGCCUGGACCGAACCGACACCGACUCAUCACACAGGUGUACCUGUCGCACACAGCAUGGACAGAACCGUCUCAGAUUGAAGUGCGCCUCCUGCUGGCCUACAGCUCCUCCUGCUCCUCCAGGCUGGGAUGGACCGAUGCCAUGGACAGCCUCCACCCUGCAGAGGGCACCGUCGAAGGAACUAUCCCCUUCAGCAAACAUGUCAAAGUGUUCAUCAUGCCCAAACCUGCCCGACGUUAACGGAACACCUGAGAGAACCUGGGAUGGUUCUGGUUCUGGACUGAAGGAAGACAUUGGUGAAACUCAUCAGCUUGUGUCGAUAACAAGAAUUUGUGUUCAGUUGUGUUUAAUCCUUUACUGCUGGAAUAAAGAAACAAAGAUUCA